AUGUCUACGGAAACUAAGGCGCUGCCCCCGCUUACUGACGCUAUCGUCGAUGAUCACCGGGAGAUGUUCGAAUACUACAAAGCCUACGAGGCCGCCAAGAAGGCGGGCGACGCCGCGAGACAGGGGCGCAUCAUUCGCCUGUUGACCUGGGAGGUCGUGCGCCACGCGUUCGCGGAGGAAACGGUCGUGUAUCCGCUCAUGGAGCAGCGCAUUCCGGAUGGGAAGAAGCUCGCUGAUGAGGAUCGGAGGCAGCAUCUGGCGGUGAAAAAGCUGCUCGCCCAGCUAGAGAAGGAAACGCCUGGUACCGAGGCGUACGAUUCGGCUGUGCAGAAGGCAUGGCAGCACCUCCAGCCGCACAACGACAGUGAAGAGAAGAACGAUCUGCCUCAACUCGAGGCGGCUCUCGCGAACGAGGAAGAGAGCAGGUCACACGCGAAGUCGUUUGGUCGGAUUAAGGUCAUCGCGCCUACCCGGGGCCAUCCUGGAGCGCCCGACAGGCCACCGCUCGAGACGAUUGCGGGCAUGCUUACCGCGCCUCUUGACAAGAUUCAGGAUCUUUUUGCGCAGUUUCCGAAGGAAGAGGAUUUGAGGACGUGA